AUGAGGCCAUCGAGGGCUUCAACAAGUUCAUCCAUGUCACAACCGUGUUCCUCCUCUUCCCAGGCCUCCGUAGGAGUGGAAGACUUUCCCUAUCAAUAUUCCUCUCCGCUUUCCUUACGACAGCAGUCAUACUCUUCUCCACCCGCUCCAUCGGCCGCCAACCAUAGGCCUACUCACGAUUACAAUUUCUCGGGAUGUGUCUACGAUGAGAGCACUUCCGGGACCGAGACCGAGGAUGCACCGCCGGACGAAGAAUCAAGAGAAGAGGAAGAUGCGUUGGACGACGAUAGGCGAAUUUCAGGUUGCUCGUCGAUCUCAUCAUUUCCAGCCUCUGUAUCACAGUAUCUUCCGUCAAAACAAGAGCAGUAUGGAAGUCCAAAAACACCAACCCGGCAUAAGGAGGGGCCGCCUCUUCAAGUCGCUUCAUCGACAAGUGCCAAAAAGUACAAUUCGCCAUUCCGCCACCCCAGCAGCGUGAAGGCCUUGCAAAUGCGAGAUGAGAUCAUGAGUGAGACGAAUAGUGUUCUGAGACAUCCCAGACACAGCAGCUCGCAGAAGUCGUCCUGCAGCCGUAGGACUUCUUUCUCACCCAUGAUAUCCGCGUCCAAGAGAUCUGUCAAGUCUAGUCGAGGCACCCCCAUCAAGUUACUCAACAGCAAUCUCAGAACCGAAUUCCCUCUUGUGCUCCUUCACUGCACACUCUUGCCGCCUACCUUGCUUCCACAGUCAACGACAGAUGAAGACUUCUUGAUCGCCGAAUUUUUACCUGAACUGUACAGAAAGCGAUUCGAGACUCUCCGUGACAAGUUAGUGGUGGAUGUGGAGGUCAGGACGAGGGGAAUACUGAUACCCCAUCCCAAGGAGGACUACGAACUGCUCGAAGAACGAUUGCUAGAAAGUCUACAACUUGAGAAACCGCGAAUUCGACACAGCCACUACUUCAACGCUGACGCUGAUAAUACCGACAGUGGCUUUGAAAGUGGCAGUUUGACGGGGGAUGAUGGCGAUGAACGCUGUCCACAUUCCACAUGCCCCGACUGCGGUCAGUCCGUUGUCGCUGCUGAGAUCAAUCCAAGAUGGGAUAUCAAAAUCUUCGCGGCAAAUGGUCUGAUGCGAGCAGGGGCAUGGGCUGCAGCCUGGCAAGAAAUGGAAAAGGUGGACGUGGAGAUCAGAGUGUGGCUUCCCGGGAACCUGCGACGAGAAUUGGAGGCCAAACUUGCUGUUGUCAGGGGCUCCGUGUCUGAAGAACCGACAGUGCAACUGCCUACCGGCGAUCACGGCCAGAAUGACCAGGACGCUCGUGAGCGCGAAGUCUAUGGGGAAGCUGGAAGACAAUCAAGUCUGGCCGAUUUCGAAGACUUUGACCGCACAAAGGAGUCGGCAACAACUGCCGGGAUAGUCCCCGAAGCCGCCCCUGCUAUGGCAGAUCUCGGGGAGGUGGUUUCUAGAUAUGCCCGGCGGUUUUUACACGACAGUAGGAACGUCCUGGUGCUGUUGCUGGCGUUGAUCAUCACGUUCUUGGCAUUCGCCGGAAAGAAGUCGCAGGUGAAUCAAAGUCAAUCACCACUGGCAUUUCCCCCAAGCCAGCUGCCACAAGUUGUGACGACCACAGUCAUCACAACAAGUAUCGCCGUGUCGACAGCAACGGUCACCGCAUCGUUGAUUUCGGGGGUGCCAUGUGUGGCCUCCUCCGGCGCCCUGGCACCAACGACCUCUGAACCAGCAACGGUUGGCAGGCAACAGGAAGUGCAAAUUGAUUCUGAGCCUGUGGGGAAAUCCGUAACCGAACACACGAGCCUCAUGACUACAUACGAGACCCCUUCGGUUCCGCCAGACCUUGGUUCGAGUUGA